AAGGCCUAGCCGGAUGUUGGCAGUAACGGUAUGGCGGCCUUGACCAUGGCGGUCAGAGUGACGGGUAGGACGCAGGACGGAGCUCCGCGAUGGGCCACAGCCGAUAUUUAUCCCAAACAAAUCAAACUCACCCCCGGGCUCCGCGGUCAGUGAUGGCCCGGCGGUAGUUCCGCUGUUUUCGGCUCUUUUAGCGCGUUUUCGUUGACAGUUCGCGGCGGCGGAGCGGCAGAGUUUCGCUAACUUAGCGGGAUUGUUGUUCCCGGGGAAAGGAAGUUUGCUGCGGCGGAGGAAACACCGGAGGAAGCCGGGCAGGGCCGAAGAGUCCCGACAUGGAGGAGUCCGGCUCGGCCCUGGAGAAGAACGUGGCGGACCUCACGGUGAUGGACGUGUACGACAUCGCCGCCGUGGUCGGCCAGGAGUUCGAGCGGAUCAUCGACCAGUACGGCUGCGAGGCUCUGUCCAGGCUGAUGCCCAAAGUGGUGCGGGUGCUGGAGAUCCUGGAGGUCAUGGUGAGCCGCAACAGCAUCAGCCCGGAGACCGAGGAGCUGCGGCUGGAGCUGGACAAGCUGCGGCUGGAGCGGCUGGACCGGCUGGAGAAGGAGAAGAAGCACCGAAAGGAGCUGGAGCUGGUGGAGGACGUGUGGAGAGGAGAAGCUCAGGACCUCCUCACCCAGAUCGCUCAGCUGCAGGAGGAGAACAAAAGCCUCCUCACCAACAUGUCCAUCAAAGACCCGAUGAGCGAGGAGGACCUGCAGAGGCACGAGGGCAUGUCGGAGAGAGAGAGACAGGUGAUGAAGAAGCUCAAAGAAGUCGUGGACAAGCAGAGAGACGAGAUCCGAGCCAAGGACCGAGAGCUCACGCUGAAGAACGAGGACAUAGAAGCACUCCAGCAGCAGCAGUCUCGCCUCAUGAAGAUCAACCACGACCUGCGACAUAAAAUCUCCGUGGUGGAGGCUCAAGGCAAAGCGCUGAUCGAACAGAAGGUGGAACUGGAGGCCAGCGCUCAGGCGCGGGGACAGGAAGUCGGCGCCCUCCGGCAGGAAGUUACACGCUUGAGGGAACGACUCCAAGGAGACCUGCCGGCCCAGAACCCUGAAGAAGCCCCGCCUCAGCCCCCGUCACCUGCAGAGCGUGGUAAAGCUGCUACAGUGGUGGUGGGGUCUGAGGGCUGGUCAGACAGACCUGACCCCUCUGAGCUGAUGAUGGGUGGUGGUGGUGGUGGUGGUGGUGAGUUUGGUGACCCGUCCCCACGACCCCUGCCUGGUUCCCUCAGCCCAGAGGGACACGAGGACGGGGAUGAGGAGGCUGAGGACGAGGCAGUGUUGCUUUGGGAGGCGAUGUGCGAUGACGACAUGCCUGCUGUGUUCCAAUAUUUUACCAAGGAGGCGCUGUGCGAGGAGGAGACGGGAGGCCUGGAUCCAAAGGACCCCAACAGGCCUCGGUUCACCCUGCAGGAGCUGAGGGACGUCCUCCACGAGAGGAACGAGCUCAAGGCCAAAGUGUUCCUGCUGCAGGAGGAGCUGGCCUACUACAAAAGUGAGGAGGCAGAAGACGAGAUGGUUACCCCGAGCCCUUCACCCUCGCCUGAACUGAGGACUCGCGCCCGUUCUUCUGCCCAGCCGGAGUCGGGAAUCAAACGCCUGUUUAGUUUCUUCUCACGUGACAAACAGCGGAGCUCGCAGCGCAGCGCACAGUUUGACGUCGGCGUCGUCGGCUCGUGGGCGGGGAAAGACGACGUGUACACGGAACAAGCCCAGGAGGCUUUGCAGCACAUGUAGAGGGUCAGCUCAAACUCCAAAAAGAAAACUCUUAACACUCCAUGUCCAUCGCUCGAGGGUCCGCAACACCUAAAAACACCCACAAGAGACUCACGUGCUGCAGCUGAAACAUCCCGUGCUUGAGGUGAGACGACGGCCGGCGGGAAGAAGAGUGAACGGAGGCUCCAGCUUAGACGAAGAAACUUUUUAAAACCUCAAAAAAAAAAAACGGCACAUACAGACUUUGAAAGUAGAAUUAUGUACUGAAGGUUUCUAAGAGAGCGUGAACUCAAGUUGAAGGAUGGAAAGUGGAAAGUUGUUGGAAUCCAGGUGGGUAACGUUGGAGACGCUGGUUCAGAGUAAGUGGAUGAAAAGUAACACUGAGUCGAAGGAUCGGGACACAGACGUGUGCCAUAAUAAUGCGUAAAAAACCUCCAGAUGACUUUAUGAAAAAACUUUUAUUACUCGAUGAAAGAUGAAGGAUUUCUCUCUCGAAACACAAACCUGCAAAGAAAACAAAGUAUCACUGCAGUGAUUCAAAGUCAAAGCUUCCGUGUCCCGUUAAAUUAUUAUUAAAGUUUCUGUCCUCGUUCACGCGGACAGCUCACAGGUUCAUCACCAGCAUUUUACAAAACUACGAAGCUCAAGUACAAAUAUAAUAAAGAGUCGACACGAGGCGUGUAAAAUGAUGCUUAGAAUCACAAUUUAAAAACUGUGCACAGAAAAAAACAUUUAAAAAAAAUAUGCUUUUAUUUAUAAAUCAUGCAAUACAGAACGUGUAGGGAGUUAUA